UUCCUCCCUCCCUCCCCCAGAGCCAUGCCCAGCAGACAGAGAGACAGAUAAAGGAGGAGUUUGAGAAGCUGCACCAGUUCCUGAGAGAGGAGGAGGAGGCCAGGCUAGCCAGGCUGAGGGAGGAAGAGGAGGAGAGGAAUAGAGUGAUGAAGGAGAAGAGAGAGAGAGUGGGAAAAGAGAUGAAGCUGCUGGCUAAAACCAUCCGAGAGAUCGAGGAAGAGAUGAAGGAAGACAGGGAUGACAUCGCCUUUCUGCAGAAUUACCAGGAGACAGUAAAGAGGACGUGGCAGAGUCAUGGGGAGCCAGAGGAGGUGUGUGGUCCUCUGAUAGACGUAUCUAAACACCUGACCAACCUCCGUUACUCCGUCUGGAACGACAUGCUGCACAUAACCCCUUACACUCCAGUAACCCUGGACCCGACCACAUCCUGUCCAUCUCUGGUCCUCUCCCCUGGACUAACCUCUGUCCAGCUGGGAAAGGAGAGGAUCCAGAUCCAGCCUGCUAACCCGGAGAGAUUUGACCCGAUCGACUGCGCUCUGGGCUGGGAAG